GCGCCGCUCACCGCGCCCCCCUGUCAGAGGCAGCCAUUGUUCAGCCGGUCGCGCCGGUCGCGCCGGGCUGGGUUUCCCCUGCUGGGGUCUCCAAAUCCUGACCCUCUUUAAAGCUGGGGGAGGGGCCAGUCUGAUCGCUGUGGGGUCUUUGGGUGCAGGCCACCAUGAGCAAGCGGAAGGCGCCGCAGGAGACUCUCAACGGGGGAAUCACCGACAUGCUCACGGAACUCGCAAACUUUGAGAAGAAUGUGAACCAGGCUAUCCACAAGUACAAUGCUUACAGGAAAGCAGCAUCUGUUAUAGCAAAGUACCCACACAAAAUAAAGAGUGGAGCAGAAGCUAAGAAAUUGCCUGGAGUAGGAACAAAAAUUGCUGAAAAGAUUGAUGAGUUUUUAGCAACUGGAAAAUUACGUAAACUGGAAAAGAUUCGGCAGGAUGACACGAGUUCAUCCAUCAACUUCCUGACUCGGGUUACGGGCAUUGGGCCAUCUGCUGCAAGGAAGUUUGUAGACGAGGGUAUUAAGACACUGGAGGAUCUCAGGAAAAAUGAAGAUAAAUUGAAUCAUCAUCAGCGAAUCGGGCUGAAGUAUUUUGAGGACUUUGAGAAAAGAAUCCCUCGUGAAGAGAUGUUACAGAUGCAAGAUAUUGUACUAAAUGAAGUUAAAAAAGUGGAUUCUGAAUACAUUGCUACGGUCUGUGGCAGUUUCAGAAGAGGUGCAGAGUCCAGUGGUGACAUGGAUGUUCUCCUGACCCAUCCGAGCUUUACUUCAGAAUCACCUAAGCAGCCAAAGCUGUUGCAUCGUGUUGUGGAGCAGUUACAGAAGGUCCUUUUUAUCACAGACACCCUGUCAAAGGGAGAAACAAAGUUCAUGGGUGUUUGCCAGCUUCCCAGGAACAGUGAUGAGAGAGAGUAUCCGCACAGGAGGAUCGACAUCAGGUUGAUACCCAAAGAUCAGUAUUACUGUGGUGUUCUCUAUUUUACUGGAAGUGAUAUUUUCAAUAAGAAUAUGCGAGCUCACGCCCUAGAAAAGGGCUUCACCAUCAACGAAUACACCAUCCGUCCUCUGGGGGUCACUGGAGUUGCUGGAGAGCCCCUGCCUGUGGACAGCGAGAGAGAUAUCUUUGAGUACAUCCAGUGGAAGUACCGAGAGCCCAAGGAUCGAAGCGAAUGAGGCUGCCGCCUCCCACACUGCCCACUAGAAAUCUUAAUUUAUUUCUUAACCUUUGCUAUGUAAGGGUCUUUGGUGUUUUUAAAUGAUUGUUUCUUCUUCAUGCUUUCGCUGUAGUCAAUAAAGCCUCUUGUACUGUGUUA